AUGAAAUUUAUAAUAUCUAUAAUUUAUUUGAGUAUUUUUUUAAAUAUAGCUUUUUCAUCAUCAAUACACAAUUAUGUCAAAACUGAAGUGUAUCAAUUAGAAGAUAACGAAUGCUUGGGGGAUGUAGUUGUCACACAAUAUAGAGUAUCUGGAUCAUGUGAUACUACUGGAUAUCGUACACUUUCAUGCUCUUUAGGGUCAAAUACUAUUACAAUAGAUUCAUAUGAUGGAACAGGUUGCACAGGUAAUUAUAGUACUUCAACAGUUGAUAUCAACUCAUGUCUUGUCAAUGGAAAAAAUUACAAAUAUUCAUGCUCUGCCGAUUAUGAAAUGGGUACAAAUUCAUUGGUUUCAUUUUUAACAAAUGGUUCUUGUCCAAAUAGCAAUCCCGAUUGGAAGAGUGAUAUUGUUCAAAUUAGCUAUUACAAUUUAAACACAUGUAUACAAUCUGUAUUAGGUUCAACUGAAACAACCGAUUGCAACUCAAAUAGUUUCACCGAAUCUCUUUAUUUAUCCAGUGAAAAAUGCACAACUAGUGUUUGGUCUCAUAGCGUACCUUUCCCAGAGUGUAAAGAAUUCCAAGGAACACCAUCUGUUAUGUAUUGUAAUAAAUAA